CAUCAUGUGAACUUGGGGCUUACCAUUACUCCAGAACCUAUUACAGAGCCUACACAUUCUACAGCCACGAAGAAGACUAUAGCUCCUCCUCCAAAGGACCUUGAGGUGACACUUGCCCAUCCAGAACAGGCUCAGAGUCAACAUCCAAACCUGACUAAAGUCACGGUUCCACCUAUGGACCUGGAAAUUACUGUACGUCCGCAACCGGAGUCAUCUGAGACAGUUUUUCCCCCAACGACCCAGCAUUCAGUGCUGCAUUUUGUAAAAUAUACCCCAGAAAAGUCAUACGCAACUUUAACUGAGCAACCGGAAGAGAAUGCUACCACGAACAUCAACAUAUGUGAGCUCUGUAUCUGCAAAGAUGAGACGCUGUCGUGUACCGGUUUCAGCCCAAAGCAGAGGCUCCACAGAGUGCCUGUGCCAGAGCCCAGCACCUACAAUGGCACCUUCACCAUCUUAAAUUUCGAAGGAAAUUCUAUUUCUUACAUUGAUGAAAAUAUAUGGAAGGCAUACCGUUGGGCUGAGAAACUAAUUCUCAGGGAAAAUUAUUUGACCGAAUUACAUAAGGACUCAUUUGAAGGCCUACUAUCACUCCAGUAUUUAAUUCUCAGUCGUAACCCUCUGACAACUGUUGAAGAUUCAUAUCUUUUUAAAUUGCCGGCAUUAAAAUAUUUAGACAUGGGAACAACACAGGUGUCACUUCCAACAAUUGAGAGCAUCCUCAUGAUGACCCUUGAAUUGGAAAAACUGAUUUUACCUAGCCGUAUGGCCUGCUGUCUCUGCCAAUUCAAAAAUAAUAUUGAGGUUGUCUGCAAGACAGUCAAGCUGCAUUGUGACAGUGAAUGUCUGACAAAUGCCACACAUUGUGAUGAAGAAUUAUCUGUAAGGAACGCAGAAGGAUCAUUCAUGAAGGUAUUGAAAUCCCGGAAGAAGAGCACCAGUACUGAGCUGACGAUUGAGCCAGAGAAGGCAUCCUCAGACAAAAAUGGCGUCAGUUUAGCCUUUCUGAAUGAGCAGCUAGACUUUAAUGAUGAAAGUGAUGUUAUUAGUGCGCUGAAUUACAUAUUGCCUUAUUUCUCAGAGGGAAAUCUAGAAGAUGUAGAAUCAACGUUAUUACCAUUCAUUAAACUUCUGUUUUCAAAUGUGCAAGAUGGAGACAAGCCCAUGGGUCCCUUGACAAACAACACAGGGAACACUUCUCUUAAACCUGGACCCAACAAUUCAACUUACAAAAAUAAACUGAGGAAACUCUAUUCUCUAGAAAAUUUAUUAGAUGCAGAAAUUCAAGAAAAAAUUGAUGAGGUGAAAAAGAAAGAAAAAACUGCCAUGCUUAUACAUUCCGGCCUUUUCGGUCCCAAAUUCAAACGCCAAAUCUUUCCAAAGAAAUUGGAAACUACCCAAGCACAGGAAAAGAGCCUCGCCAAGGCUGAGAGUGUAGGGAAAAAGAUGCUGAGAGUAAAAAAGGUUAUCAAGGGCCCAAAGGGCCUAAAGAGAAGGCACUUCAAACAAGUGGGCAAUCAGAGAAACUGGCGGCAACAGAAUGCCCAGCCAUUUGUGGAGAAUAGGGCCAAAGAAAGAAGGGUCAGUAGACCGUCCCCAAGGGAGCUGGAGCAGCUUCACAUGGCGCAGAGGCCCAGGAAAUUAGUGGGAGACUCCUUCAAUACGGAGCCUUCGUUCAUAAAGGAGCACAAGGCAGCAGUCUCUUCGUUCGUGAAACAAUACUCCUUGGGCAGGCCUUCUGCCUCCACUGCUCCAAAAUCCCUACCUGAGGUGAAAAACAAAUCAAAAGACUUAACCUACACCAUUUUUGUUUUAGAGGAUGCAAAUGCUAGAGUUAGGAAUAUGAAGGCUUCUAAACCAGUCUCACAUUCCAGAAAAAAGUACCUCUUUCAUAAAACUCGCUCACGUGUGGUCCACAGAGCACCCAAGGCCAAGCUGAGUCGAAAAUUCAGAAAGAAAAGUCCUCUCAGUAAUAGGCUGAUGCUUGCAAAGAGGCCUCCAUUCUCUGCCAUCAGGAGCCUCAUAAAUUCCCCUUCACGGGAGGCUUUUUCAUCUUCAGGAGAACUAAGUUCUCAGGAAAAUCCCUUUCCAGAAUUAUUAACUCCUUCAGAGCCUUUUAGACAAAACACUACUGUAGAAAACAGUACUGCACAGAAUGUUUUUGAGAACCUAUUUCUACAAAACAUGACUGUGCCAAAACAAACCCUCUUUGAAUUCAGGAACCAUAAGAAUCUUUCCAGUGCAUAUUCUACAGCCACCACAGACAACUUUAUGCCAACUGUUAAACAAACCAAUGAAACACGAUGGAUAUACCACAGCACGGGCACUGAAUUGCCCCCGAAGCCCACAGGCUUCACUGUGUCGAAGCUUUCAGCCCCAGGUGACCUAUUUGAAAUUCAGCUAAACCAGCAGCUACGGUCCCUCAUCCCGAACAACGACGUGAGAAGGCUCAUUUCUCACAUUAUCCGGACUUUGAAAAUGGACUGCUCGGAGACCCACGUGCAACUGGCCUGUGCCAAGCUCAUCUCCAGAACAGGCCUCCUGAUGAAGCUUCUCAGUGAGCAGCAAGAAGUAAAGGUGUCCAAGGCAGAGUGGGAUACGGACCAAUGGAAGACUGAGAACUACAUCAAUGAGAGCACAGAAGUCCAGAGCAAACGGAAAGGGCAGGAGUCCAGUGAGCUCACAAAAGAAGUUCCAGGUUAUGGCUAUAACAACAAACUCAUCUUGGCAAUAUCUGUGACUGUAGUAGUGAUGAUUUUGAUUAUAGUUUUCUGUCUCAUUGAGAUUUAUUCUCAGAGAACAGCAUCCGAGGAAGGUAAAGAAGGAAGCUCAAGGGGCUUCUUUCAAUCCCUGCUGCGGAAGAGAUGCUCAACAGAAAGUGAGAGUCAGGAGGGCUUUUUCUGGAGAAGGCGGCCACUUUGGCUUCGGGACAUGUACAGACCUCUUAAUGCCACACGCAAGAAAAACAUGGCACAGAAGCUGCAUGACAGGGAUUCUUCUGAUGAGGAUGAGAUUUUCAACAAGGAACCGGGAGAGAAAAGUGAAGCCCCAGCAGAGAAGGCUCAGGCCACAGAUUCCACCACUGAAGAGCUGGGUGACGAGAGCGAGACCCUCACCGAGAUUGUCAUCGAGUGAGCCCGUCCUGCCUCAGGUCGCCUACGAAGCUUAUGUUCUGAUAUUGGCUUCUCAGCAUUGCUUGUAAAAUACUUAUUUUUCUCCUAUUAAAAUGUAUGAAUUCAUAACCAAUUCUAGCCAUGUGGUAAGGAAUUAAAAUGGAACUAGUUAAACAUGUCCAUCCAGGGAACAGCGGCCACAGGCGUGAGGAGCAGGACUGAAGCUGGAAUCCCUCGUGGGAGCCAGUGUACUUCCACAAGAGCAGUGCAGGCAAAGGAGGAUGAGUAGGGGCGUCGUUCCCUCGUUUCCCUGAUCAAAUCAGUCUCUGGAAACUGGAAAACAUAUAUUCAGGGAAUGUAGACUCUUAAAUCAGUUAGCAGUUUAUUCUGGUGCUCUCUCCCCUGGCUAUUCACAACACGCUU